CACGUCACAGCCAAGUGCUCAAACCUCCCUCGUUCUUUUUCGACAAAUCCCUCUCUCUCUCUCUCUCUCUCUCUCUACGUUUUGGUAAUUCUGUGCCACUGACCUUUGGUUCAUUUGCAAUCCACUCAGACUUCAGCCGCUGGAGUUGUUUCUUCUUAAAUCCAGAGGAAAAUGCAGCAAUUUCAGAACCACAACCUCGAAUACAUGGUUGAAGACUACCACGAAAUGACUGGUUUCGAUGGAAUUCUCUUUGAGGACACCGAAUCGCCUAGAGAAGGUGUUGAUGGGUAUUUUGACUCGGACUUUGAAGAUGACUUUGAGCUGACCAAGCCAAAGACUGAUACUUCAGCUUUGGAAGCUAGAAAUGGCAGAGAUAUUCAGGGAAUUCCUUGGGAGAGGCUCAAUUUCAAUAGAGACAGGUACCGUGAGACGAGAUUAAAGCUAUACAAGAAUUAUGAGAACCUCUCACGCUCUCCCAAGGAGCUCAUAAAGGAGUGCACAGAGGCAGAGACAUGCCACAAUUUUUAUGACUUCCAGUUCAACACUCGCCUUGUCAAAUCGACCAUUGUGCAUUUUCAGUUGAGGAAUCUUGUAUGGGCAACCUCAAAACACGAUGUUUAUCUCAUGCAAAACUACUCCCUGAUGCACUGGUCCUCACUUCUUAGGAGGGGUAAAGAAGUACUAAACGUUGCCAAACCGAUUGAACCGACAAAAAAAUAUCCUGGAUCCUUGGAUCAGCAGACACUGUCUAGAGUCCAGAUAAGCACCAUGGCAGUUAAAGAUAAUCUCUUGGUGGCUGGUGGUUUUCAGGGGGAGCUAAUUUGCAAGUUCUUGAGUCAGCCUGGGGUUGCCUUCAGCACAAAAAUUGCUGCAGAUGAAAAUGCUAUAACUAAUGCAGUGGACAUAUACCACAAUUCCAAUGGCUCCAUACGUAUCAUGACUGCAAAUAACGAUGCUCAGGUCAGGGUUUUUGAUGCUGGGAAUUUCGCAUGCCUUAGUCGUUUCUCCUUUCCGUGGUCAGUAAAUAACACUUCUGUCAGUCCUGAUGGUAAACUAAUGGCAGUCCUUGGGGACAGUGCGGAGUGCUUGAUCGCUGACACUCAGUCUGGAAAGGUUCUUGGGAAUCUCAAGGGGCACUUUGAUUAUUCUUUUGCCUCAGCUUGGCACCUAGACGGGCAAAAUUUGGCUACAGGGAACCAGGACACCACUUGCAGAUUGUGGGACGUAAGAAACCUAUCCCAGUCCAUAGCCGUACUCAAGGGGCGAAUGGCUGCAAUCAGAGCCAUACGGUUCACAUCGGACGGCCGCUUUAUGGCCAUGGCAGAGGCGGCAGACUUUGUUCAUAUAUUUGAUACUCAGUCUGCUUAUGCCAAGGUGCAGGAGAUUGAUCUGUUUGGGGAGAUUGCCGGAAUUUCCUUUAGCCCUGACACAGAAGCUCUGUUUGUUGGUGUAGCGGAUCGGACGUACGGUAGCUUGUUAGAGUUCAACAGGAGGCAUUACAACUUCUAUCUUAAUUCCAUACUUUAGAGGGGUGUUCUCUCUGAAGUUAGUUGCAUAUCAAUAUCCAUGCGUGUGUGUAUAUAUAUAUAUAUAUAUAUAUAUAGACAUCGGUUUGUAUCUGCGAGGUCUUGGUGUUGUGGGUUUUUAAAUAUUAGCUAGAGGAGCAUAUUUUCAAGUUGAUGUGGCUACAAUUGGCAUGGAGAAUAUCGAAAAAAUUAUAAAUAUCUCCGUAGCAGCAGUAGGAAAGAAGAAUUCUUGCAUACGUACGUGAACGGUAUUUUGAAAUAGUCGGUUUACGUGUGAAUUCAUUAUUUGUUGUAAGAAUAUGUUCUUCUCUUAUGCAAAGGCAGUCAUUUUCUCUGCUGUA